AUGGAGUUUUGGGGAGCUAAAGUUAAAGCCGAUAAGACUCUUAAAGCUUCUCUUGGUAAGGCGAAAAAGGGAGUAUCUGGCCACUUGUAUGCCACCAUAGAUGACAAGAAACUCCUCCUUGGAACACUCUCUAAAGAUAGCUUCCCUCACAUCAACUUUGAUCAUCUCCUCUUUGACAAAGAAUUUGAGCUAUCCCACAGCUUGGAGAGAGGAUAUGUGCAUUUCAUUGGCCACCAGCGCAACAAGAAGAAGAGGGCUAAUGAACCUUCCAAAAUGCCUGUCUCCUUUAAUUCAGGGAAGAGCGUGUUACAACCUUGUUUAGAGAGCAAAACAAAUCUCAAGAAGCAUAAGAUACAAAAGCAGAAUUCUAAGCCAAAAAAUAUUCCAAUUAUUCUCGAGCGUUACGCAUUAACCUAA